AUGGAGUUAGCUUUGCAGAACACCCAGAAAGACAUUCACAUACUCACAGACAGUCUCAGCGCUCUGCAAGCCCUCAAUCAUCCACAAUUGAAGAUCAAUGUAAACAAAUAUCUACUGCAAGUUCGUGAAAAAUAUAAUCACUUCAACACCCUUACACCUACGUCUCGAGAAUUGAAAUUCUUCUGGAUACCAUCUCAUAUGGGAAUUCCAGGAAACGAAGAGGCUGAUCGUCUAGCGAAAACAGCAACUGAAGUGAUACGCCCUGAAAUCUCCAGCCUCCCCUUUACUGAUUUCAAAGAGGAAUUCAGAAGUUUGUCAAAAAAGAAUACAUCUCAACAGCUGAAAGAAACAGGAGCCAUGAAGGGCAAAGUAUAUUUCAGGGAUUUUUACAGUAACUCUGCUAAACCCUGGUUCAGGAAGUUCAAAAAACUUCGACGAAACACUGUAGUUUGGGUGAACAGAAUUAGAGCCAAUCACUACAAUCUGAAAGCCUCACUGGCCAGGAUUGGGGUGGUGGACUCUCCUUCAUGUGAGUGUGGAUAUCCGGAGCAAGAUGUGGACCAUUUAGUCUGGCAAUGCCGACAGUAUGAUGAACAAAGGAAGGAACUGAUCAGUAAAAUCAAAGGAAAGUGUCCAUUUCCCACUUCAAUGAAUCAUAUUGUGUAUAUGCUGGAUCCUAUUGUUAUAAAAUCUAUUGAUAACUUCUUCAACCAAUGUAAUUUGAAAAUAUAA